AUGGCCCCUAUUAGAAAUGCUGCUGUCAUCUUUGCUGAAGUUCCUACCGGUUUUCCAGAGCCUGGCAAGCAUAUCAAAUAUGUCGUAGAUCGAAUAAUAGACAUCGACACAGUCGAUACACAAGGAGGCAUCAUUACGAAGAAUCUCGUCGUAUCUAUUGAUCCGUACAUGCGAGGUCGAAUGCGUGCACCCGAAAAGAAAAGUUAUUCACCUCCGUUCGAACUUAACAAGCCGCUGGUCAAUUUUAUUGUUGGUAAAGUUGUUAAAUCUGAACAUGCAAAUUACAAGGUCGAUCAACUUGUCUAUGGAUUUGGAGGCUACGAAGAAUAUACAAUUCAUUCGAAGGCUCAAGCCGAUGUGCUUCGUAUUUUGACUGACGAUGAACUCAAACUUGGUCUUCCUCUGACAACAUGGGUCGGAGCUGCUGGAAUGUCUGGGCAAACAGCAUUCUAUGGUCUCUAUCACAUCGGUGAACCAAAGAAAGGAGAUACGAUCUUUAUCACUGGAGCUUCGGGAGCAGUCGGUCAAAUUGUUGGUCAACUCGCUAAACGUGAAGGCUUGACAGUAAUCGGAUCAGCUGGUUCUGAUGACAAAGUAAAUUGGCUCAAAGACGAAUUGUCUUUUGAUCAUGCAUUUAACUACAAGACAGCCAAUGCAAAAGCUGAACUUGCCAAAUUCAAAGCACUUAACAUCUACUUCGACAAUGUUGGUGGUGAUCAACUCGAAGCAGCUCUUGAUGCAGCUGAUAAUUAUGCUCGAUUCAUUGAAUGUGGAAUGAUUUCACAAUACAAUGAACAGGAUGCUCAUGGUAUUCGAAAUCUUACACAAAUUGUUGGCAAACGACUCAAACUUCAAGGCUUUAUUAUUUUUGACAAAGCACGUGAUCCAACGUUUAUGAACGAUUUCUACUCGAAAAUUCCUCAAUGGAUUGCCAAUGGAGAGCUUAAGAUCAAAGAAGAUAUAACAAAAGGAUUGGAACGUGCUGCUGAAGCACUUAUCGACAUUUUUCAUGGCAAGAACUUUGGAAAAGCCGUCAUUCAAAUUGCUGAAUUAUAA